GGCUUUUAAACAAUGCAGGUACUAGUAUGUGCGCAACCUGCAAAUACCGCAGGUAACAUGCAAAUGCCAGCACAACCCGCAAACAAGAAAAGCCCCAAGAUGCGCUUUGCAACCUGCAGAAAGCCGCUGGGAAAACCUGCAAACCACCGGGCGAUAAGCUGCAGUUUUGUAACCUGCAAAUAACUCGAGGACAACCUGUAGCUUGGGUAACCUGCACAAUUCCCAGCAGGCGAAACAAUCGGCCAAAAACCCGCACACCAGUGAACACGCAAUGGUAGUGUCCCCUGCUACACACUGCCUACAUCAAAAGAUGGAACUUCCAAAAAAAACUAAACAACUACCCGUUCUUUUCAUUAAUCCAAAAUGUUUGUACAUCAGUUGGUAUUACAAAUUUGCAUCUUAUCCCAGAUAGUCUUAUGUGCCCCCAGUACAAAAGAGUUGGUGGGGACCUGGUCGUCAAAAUCGAAUACUGUUUUCACCGGACCAGGAUUUUAUGACCCAGUUGAUGAAUUGAUUAUCGAACCAGAUUUACCCGGUAUAUCUUAUUCUUUCACCGAAGAUGGCCAUUUUGAAGAAGCGUUAUACCGUAUCACCUCCGAUCCUCAAAAUCACUCUUGCGCUGUUGCUUCCAUAACUUAUCAACAUGGUACUUAUGAUUUAUUAUCAAAUGGUUCGUUAAUCUUAACACCAAUUGCUGUGGAUGGCAGACAGUUGUUGAGUGAUCCUUGUAAUGGAGAUAGUGCCACCCACUCCUCGUAUACUAGAUAUCUUCAGAAAACUUGGUUCAAAGCUUUUAGAGUCUAUUUAAAUGAUUAUCAUGGUAGAUAUACUUUACAAUUGUACCAAUUUGAUGGUUCUCAAAUGCAACCAUUAUUCUUGGCUUACAAACCUCCUUUAAUGUUACCCACUUAUGCAUUAAACCCAACCGAUAAAGCUUCAGAAACAAAAUCAAGUUUAAGAAAAAGAGUUAAAAGAUCUUUGGAAAAUCAAUACAGAACUACCGCAGUUAAAUCCUCAAGUCACGAUAACUACGAUUUCUUCUGGUGGACCGCAGUGGCCUCUAUUGGAAUUGGUUCUUCAAUUCUCUUCUUACGUUAAUUCUUGUAUUAAUAUAUUCCUUCAUAUUUAUAAAUAUAUUUCGUAG